AUGGCCGAUGAGAGUGAAGUUGUGGCUGAAAUGGCACAGAAAGCCUUUGCUUCAUCUUCCAACUACGAGAAUGUUCGUGCCAAUUAUUCUCGCGAGGCAGUAGAGUUCUUUUUGAGCAAACUUGGUGUGAACUGGGACAACCAUGACAAAGCUGCAGAGAACCAAACAGAUCGCCCUUUUACUAUCUUAGAGGUCGGUUGUGGCACGGGAAAAUUUACUCGCGUCAUGUUAGAAGCGUUGAAAGACAAGAACGUGAGAGUGAUUGCAAGUGAGCCACUGCAAAGCAUGUGUGAGCAGUUAAAACUUAUGGUGCCUGAUACGGAAAUUAUCCAAUGCCCAGCUGAGAAUAUACGUAAGCUGCUUAAAACUCUAUGUUUUGUGCACAAAAACGAUAUCUUACAUGUCAUUUCAUCUCUUUCGAAUUGCUUGCCACCUUCUCCAUUUUUUUUUUAUACUAUGCCCUUGCAGGGCCUCCAAGGCCUCUGCUAGCAGGGAAUUACAGGCCUUUCCCUAACGUGUAUUAUUAAAAUUGUAUCAUUGGAUAAUGCAAUUCUACAGCUCUGAUUAGCUUAGCCAUCAUGGUAUAUGAGCCAUUAGUAAAAUCCAACUAGUGGUGUAUUAUCAAUGCUCCGUUCUGAUUGGUUGAGCUACUACUAGGCUAUUCAGUCGAAGCCUGCUAUUUUGAACUCGGUUAAUUCGAAGUCCCCGCUAUUUCGAAGGAAGAUCGAAUUCCCUUGGAUUUACCCUUCCCCUUUACGCUUCCCCGGUUAUUUCGAAACCCCACUAUUUCGAACUUUUUUCCAUUUCCCUUGGGACUUCGAAAUAGCGGGGUUCGACUGUAUGUUAUAGCCCACUAGUAGCGAAAAGUGCGGGCUUUUUGGUGGCAAAAAAGGAUUAAAGUCUAGCUUUUACCUAGCUAAAUCUUUUUUUAUUCUUAAUAUUUUUGACCAACUAGUUGGAUUUUACUAGAACAAUAUUAUUAUUCCUCUUGCCCUCAUGGCCUCUGAGUCAAUAGCCCAUUUGGCCGAGCUAUUGACUCAGAGCCCAUUCAGGCUCGAGGAAUAAUUGUUAAUUAUACCAUACUCUCCAAAUAUGGUAAUUGUACACAUCUGCUCAAAAAUUAAAAAUAACCUGAAAAUCAGUUGUUUUUACAAAUAAAGUCGGGAAAAAUUCUUGACAUUUUGUGGGUGUUUUUAAUAAAACAAUUAAUCCCCUCACGCUUGUUGGAUAUGAGAUGAUUAUAGCUAACCUGGCAUUACAAACCUUGUUGACUAUCUACCAUCUCAUAUCCAACGUGCACUUGUGGAAUAAUUGUUAAAUAAUAUGAGGCUUAUUUCUCGCAACAUAAUAACAUUCCAUAAAUAUUUCUGGUGUUCACGGUUUUGUGAGUUUCACAGUAAGGGCCGAGGUAUCUAGGGAUAUUUUGAAAAUCAGAGUCUCAGUAAUGGCGUUUCCAGGUGUAUACAAGAGAGGUUUCCCACCGUGGACGCCAUGUUGUUUUCUCAGAAUACAGUCACGCAAGACUGGGAACAAAGCCGUCAAAAUGUCCCUGGCAUUCAAAGACAUCACACAGUUCAAAGGUUUCACAGGUCUAAACCUGUUAGAAUGUGCAUUCAGUGUCGUUACUUCUGGGAAACAGAUGCUCAAUUUUAUUCAAUGAUGCUUAAUAAUUUUUUGUUAGCAAUAAAAUAUUAUGGUAGAAGAAGAUGAAAGUAGCCGGCUAAGGAUGGCUAACUAGCCAGCAGUUUUGGCCAGCUACCGGCCCUUAUUCCUUGCCCUGAAAUUUUUUUGGCUAUAAUGAGGUUUCUUUAUAUCCAGGUUCUUUUUCAUAUGCUUUACUGUUACUGGGGUGAAGAAAAUCGUUCGUCAUACAGAGGACUUUUAAGUUAUUUAGGGGUUUGUUGUAUUGAGAUUCCAGUGUACAGUAAAACACAUCUUUAAGAACCUAGUGGUUUAAGAACCUGCCAGCAGAAAUUUGCCAUGUUAAUACGCAAAAAUAUAAGAACCUGUUUAGCCAAGCAAGAUGAAACAGGUUCAUGUGAGUUACAGUUUAAUUUAUUAUGAUAAACAAUUUAACCCCACUGUUUGACUUCAAGAAUGCAGAAUUACAUUGAUGCAAAAAAAUCUAGUUAGAUAUCAUUGGUAUGUUUAUUGUGUAAUUAGUUUUGUUAGGCUUGUGAAAAAGUAGUGCAUAUAGGACAAAAUUCAAGUUUAUUUAUUUUCCUGGUGAAUAUCAAUAACUGUAUCUCCUCAAUAGAAAAUAUUAAGCUGAUUAACAACCUACUUGGCCUGAAUUUCCAAUAACUACCCUAAAAUACAGGAACCUAUUUCACCGUCACCUUCCCAUUUCCAUCUCUCUAAGAGAGGAGAUGGGAACAAUACUUUUGUGGUCUAUAUUUAAUAAGGACCAAUCAUUAUGGGCCUUUACAAAUUAAUACAUGGUUUGCACAGUCUUGAAGUCAUGAAUUUUUGGGGAAGUCCUUGAAAAGUCCUUGUUACUUAUUUAAUAGAAUAUUUAAGAAGUUAACCUGAUACGUUGUAUAUACCUCCAGUUGUAAUUUUAGUCUUUUUUUCUAGUAACAAAAGCCCUGUGUUUGAGUUUGUGUGAGGGGUUUUUCUUACUGUGUGUUGUACUUGCAUUUCUUUUCUUUUCCUUUUUUCUUAAUGUGUAAUUUAAUAACGCCUUUAUUUAUAAUUUUUAUAGCUAUUUGCAGUGUAUAAAGUAUUGUUACAACUUUAUGGAUCUCGAGCAAAAUACAUUGUUGUAUAUUGUUGUUGUUGUUGAAUAUUUCCAUUUUUUCCUGGAAAUGUCCUUAAAUUUCUGUGUAAGUCCUUGAAUAGUCCUUGAAUGUUCUUAACUUUGAAUGUAUUGGCUUGGAAAGUGUUUUUUAAUGCUUUUUGGUCGUCCAAGACAGAAUAUAAAUCAUAGCUCAGCAAAUUAGUUAAAUGUGAUUUACCUAAAGUAUCUUUGUUUUUUUUUUCAGUAAUUAACUAGCAAUUUAAGUCAUUUAAGACAAGUGAACUGAAAAAUUUAGAGCAGUUGGUGGAGCAAAAAGUUCAAUCCUUAAAGUCCCGUUAGAAUGGACUGGAAUGUGCAUUUUUGUACAAUAAUCUGUGAAAUUACCUUCUUGGUAGGUGGUCCUUGGAAAGUCCUUAAAAAAUGGUUGCAAUGUAAGAUGACAAUUUUUGAUACAUGUAUAUAAGUUGAUAUGUUAAUUUCUAAGUUAUCCUUCCUUCUGUUUUUUCCAGCCCUUCCUGAUGCAAGUGUGGAUGUAGUAAUUGCUGCUCAAAGCUUCCACUGGUUUACAAACCGUGCUGCUCUAGAAGAAUUCCAUCGUGUUCUGGCCCCAAGGGGCUCAUUUGGCAUGGUUUGGGUUGUACUUGAUGACAUGGCCGCCAUAUGGUUGAAAGAGAUAACAAACUUUCUUUCUAUUUUAGAUGAGAACUAUGCUCUGUUUUUUCCUUUCAUGCAAGGGUGGAGAAAAGUGUUCACUGACCUCUCACAAGGCUUAUUUAGCUACCCAGAAGAAUGUAUAGACUUUAAGUAUUCUAGAACAAGUUCUUUUGAUCAUGCCUUCAAGAUGUUGUCAUCAUAUUCCCCGGUAGCAGGUGGGAGUGAAAAAGAUAAGAAAGAUUUCCAUGAUCUGUUUAAUGAUGUAACUAAAAGGCAUUUUAAAGAUAAGGGAAUUCCUUUAGAAACUAUUCCAUUUAAGUUUUACAUGUACUGGUGUACUAAGAAAAAUUAG